AUGGCCAACUACAUUCACGUACCAGAAGAGGCUCCGGCCGUGCCGAAAAUAGACGUGACAGUAGAGGAGAGAGACUACAGGACCGGUGCGUUGAAGCUGGUCAAGGAGCUGAGACCGAACUGGAAACCAUCAGAGGUCAAAAUGAAGUUUUUCACAGACGGUAUCACCAACAAACUGCUGGGCUGCUACGUGGGCGCGGCCAUGCAGGACGUGGUCCUCGUUCGCAUCUACGGGAAUAAAACCGAGCUUCUGAUCGACCGCGAGAAUGAGGUGAAGAGUUUCCGAGUGCUUCACGCGCACCGCUGUGCCCCGCGUCUCUACUGUACCUUCAACAACGGCCUGUGCUACGAGUUUCUGCAAGGAACCGCUCUUGAACCGGAGCACAUCCGAAGCCAGCCUGUUUUCAGGCUCAUUGCCAGACAGCUCGCCAAGUAUCACGCCAUUCACGCUCACAAUGGCUGGGUGCCCCAGUCGGACUUAUGGCUGAAGAUGGGCAAGUACUUCUCCCUCAUCCCAAAGUACUUCACGGACCCCGAGAAGAAUGCGAGGUUGAACACGGAAGUGCCCAGCCCGCGUUGCCUCCGAGAAGAACUGGUGUGGCUCCAGCAGAGCUUAUCAGUGUUGGGCUCCCCGGUGGUGCUGUGCCACAACGACCUACUGUGCAAAAACAUCAUCUACAACAAGCAGGAUGGAAAUGUCAAGUUCAUUGACUACGAGUACGCUGGGUACAAUUACCAGGCCUUCGACAUUGGCAAUCAUUUCAAUGAGUUUGCCGGUUUGAACGAAGUGGAUUAUAGCCACUACCCCUCGCGGCCUUUCCAACUGGAGUGGCUGCAUUCGUACCUGGAAGCCUACAAGGAGCACAAAGGCCACAGCAACAAGGUGACCGAAAGGGAAGUGGAAACCCUUUACGUGCAAGUCAACCGGUUUGCUCUGGCAUCACAUUUCUUCUGGGCUCUCUGGGCUCUGAUCCAAGCCAAAUUCUCCACCAUUGACUUUGACUUCCUGGAAUACGCAGUUCUGCGCUUCAACCAGUACUUCAAGAUGAAACCCGAGGUCGCCGUGUUGAGCCUACCAGAAUAA